UCCAACCGAACGAAGAAGAGCCAUAUCCUUGAAACAAUAUUAUAAUAUACCACUGGGCUGCCAGUGCCUCGAUGAAAAAACUAGCUCGAGCCAGCCGGCCAGCGUGACUGGUAAUGCUGGGAGGCUGGCCUUACGGGCUAUGGCAGCAAAAUAUCGUCGGGAUGCAUUCUUCCUCCGGGAGCACUUUAGCACCAGUACUUUCGCGUGUUCGCCGCUCCCUUUUGUGCCUUUGCCUCUCCAGCUUCAUAAGUCCUCACAGAGUAAUAGGGCUCACAUGGGCUUUUGUACUUUGCAGGGUUAUGCGCACAUUGUUGUCGCGGGGUCGCGUUGCCCAGGAUCGAAGAAUACACGGGCAGGAGGUUCUGCAGCCCUGGUCAAUUUCUCGCUCGGUGAAGGUGAGAGAGAGAGAGCGAGUUGUGUCUUCCACGGCGUUACCAGCAGCCAGGCUACAUAAUGGCGGUGUAAUCGUCACCCAUUCUAGGAAACCCAUAGACGUUGGAGAGGUACCGACAAGCACAAGCAGUGAUGAAGGCCCCGUUUUCACACCUUCUCUCGACCUGCUCUGCUCAUCGCAGUUUGACGAAAUAAUGCUUUGCACGAAGGUGUGAAUGCUCGCGCCCCGCGCGGUUCCCAGCGGGUGCAAGAAAUGAAGUCGCUCAGGGCUCAGAAGAGCAAAUCAAUGCCGAGAUAAAUGGUUGACACGGCGACACUCGAGAGCUACCGUGUAUGAGAUAUGCACAAACUACGAGAGUCGUGCCCAUCAAGGGUUGAUGCGUAUCA